AUGGGCAUCCUCGAGUUCCUCUCGACCCUGUUUGGCCUCGCGUAUUUUGCCGCGUGGUCGGUGAGCUUUUAUCCGCAGUCGAUGCUCAACUUUAGACGGCGAUCUACGUCAGGGACCACGGUCGAUUUUCCCCUGAUCAAUUGCCUUGGUUUCUCCGCAUACCUCGUGUCCAACGCCGCCUUUUACUACUCACCCCUGGUCCGUGCCCAGUAUGCCGCUCGCUACAAGGGCUUGACGCCAACCGUGCAACUCAACGACAUCACGUUCGCUGCUCACGGCCUGGUGCUCUCCAUCGUUACCACCAGCCAGUACUUCUUGCCCCGUGCCUGGGGUUUUAACCCGGCCGCGGGUACCCGGCCUAGCCGCUUCAUCCUGGGCAUCUUCUUUGGAUCCAUGGUCGGCGUGGCCACCGUCAUCUUCAUAGUUCUCGGCUCGCCGAACCGCAACAGCACCCGCGCGCCCGCGGGCUCGUGGGUCUGGCUGGAUGCCAUCUACGCCGUCUCGUACGUCAAGCUAAUCGUGACGCUCAUCAAGUACACGCCCCAAGUCAUCUUCAACUAUCGCAACCGGUCAACCAAAGGCUGGAGCAUCCUUCAGAUCCUACUCGACUUCUCGGGCGGCAUCUUGAGCAUCGCGCAGCAGUCGGUCGACAGCUACCUCCAGGGCGACUGGUCCGGUAUUACGGGCAACCCCGUCAAGUUUGCGCUAGGCAACGUGUCCAUGAUCUACGACCUGAUCUUCAUGACGCAGCACUAUGUGCUCUACCGGGGUGCCGACGGCAAGGCCGAUGAGGCCGAUUCACUGCUUGGGCGCGGUGACGAGGAGCGGCGCAUAGAUUGA